CUGGGGGCGUUGAGAGAGCCAAGAGGGGGAGGAGAGCACACUUGGCCUUCUCUUUGGUUAUCACGUCAUAUCAACCGAAUUACAGACAUCCCAACCCUUUGGCCAGGCAGCCUGCUGAGCAAGGAAUCUCAGCCAGCAUGGCUGUCUCUUUGCCACCCACCCUGGGACUCGCUUCUGCCCCAGAUGAAAUUCAGCACCCGCAUAUUAAAUUUUCAGAAUGGAAAUUUAAACUAUUCAGGGUGCGAUCUUUUGAAAAGGCACCCGAAGAGGCUCAGAAAGAAAAGAAAGUUUCCUCUGAGGGGAAACCCUCUCUGGAGCAAUCUCCAGCAGUCCCGGACAAGGCUGAUGGUCAGAAGCCAGCUCUGAGUCAACCAGCAGUAAACAUUCACCCUAAGUUUCUGAAGAAAUCCCAUGAUGACAGGAAAGAAAGAGACAAAGCCAUCCACCAAGCCAACCUUCGACAUCUCUGCCGUAUCUGUGGGAAUUCUUUUAAAACCGAUGAGCACAAUAGAAGAUAUCCAGUCCAUGGGCCUGUGGAUGGUAAAACCCAAGUCCUCUUACGAAAGAAGGAAAGGAGAGCUACAUCCUGGCCAGACCUCAUUGCCAAGGUCUUCCGGAUGGAUGUGAAAGCAGAUGUUGACUCCAUCCACCCCACUGAGUUCUGCCAUAACUGCUGGCGCAUCAUGUACAAGAAGUUUAGCAGUGCUCCAUGUGAGGUUUCCUUCCCAAGGAAUGCAACCAUGGAGUGGCACCCCCACACACCAUCCUGUGACAUCUGCCGCGCUGCCCGCCAGGGACUCAAGAGGAAGAGCCAUCAGCCAAACAUGCAGCUCAGCAAAAAACUCAAAACUGCGGUUCACCGAGCUAGAAGAGCCCGUCGGCACAAGAGAAGAGCAAAGGCAAGGAUUAGCAGCAAAGAAGUGAUGCAGAAAAUUUCCAGCUGCAGUCAUAUACAUCUUAGUACCAAGCUUCUUGCUGUGGACUUCCCGGCACACUUUGUGAAAUCCAUCUCCUGCCAGAUUUGUGAACACAUCCUGGCUGACCCCGUGGAGACCACUUGUAAGCACGUGUUUUGCAGGAUCUGCAUUCUCAGAUGCCUGAAAGUCAUGGGCAGCUACUGUCCCUGUUGCCAAUAUCCCUGCUUCCCUACCGACCUGGAGAGCCCAGUGAAGUCCUUUCUGAGCAUCUUGAAUUCCCUGAUGGUGAAAUGUCCAGCCAAAGAGUGCAACGAGGAGAUCAGCUUGGAAAAAUACAAUCACCACGUGUCAAGCCACAAGGAAUCCAAGGAGACUUUGGUGCAUAUUAACAAGGGGGGUCGGCCCCGCCAGCAUCUCCUGUCCUUGACCCGAAGGGCUCAGAAGCACCGCCUGAGGGAGCUCAAGCUUCAAGUCAAGGCUUUCGCGGACAAAGAAGAAGGUGGAGAUGUGAAAUCGGUGUGUCUGACCUUGUUCCUGCUGGCGCUGAGGGCCAGGAAUGAGCACAGGCAGGCGGACGAGCUGGAGGCCAUCAUGCAGGGACGCGGCUCUGGCCUGCAGCCAGCUGUCUGUCUGGCCAUCCGUGUCAACACCUUCCUCAGCUGCAGUCAGUACCACAAGAUGUACAGGACUGUGAAAGCCAUCACUGGGAGGCAGAUUUUUCAGCCUCUGCAUGCCCUUCGGAAUGCUGAGAAGGUCCUCCUGCCGGGAUACCACCCCUUUGAGUGGCAGCCGCCUCUGAAGAACGUGUCCUCCAGCACCGACGUGGGCAUUAUUGAUGGCCUGUCAGGGUUGUCCUCCUCUGUGGAUGAUUACCCCGUGGACACCAUUGCGAAGCGGUUCCGCUACGAUUCAGCUUUGGUGUCUGCUCUGAUGGACAUGGAGGAAGACAUCCUGGAAGGCAUGAGAGCCCAAGACCUUGAUGACUACCUCAACGGCCCUUUCACCGUCGUGGUGAAGGAGUCUUGCGACGGAAUGGGAGACGUGAGCGAGAAGCACGGCAGCGGGCCCGUGGUUCCAGAAAAGGCCGUUCGGUUUUCGUUCACGGUCAUGAAAAUUACGAUAGCACGUGGCUCUGAACAUGUGAAGGUGUUUGAAGAAGUCAAACCCAACUCUGAACUGUGCUGUAAGCCCCUGUGUCUCAUGCUGGCGGAUGAGUCUGACCACGAGACCCUGACGGCCAUCUUGAGCCCUCUCAUUGCUGAGCGGGAGGCCAUGAAGAACAGUCAAUUAAUGCUUGAGAUGGGAGGCAUCCUUCGGAGUUUCAAGUUCAUCUUCAGGGGCACCGGCUACGAUGAGAAACUCGUGCGGGAAGUCGAAGGCCUCGAGGCUUCUGGCUCAGUCUACAUUUGUACCCUUUGUGACGCCACCCGCCUAGAAGCGUCUCAAAAUCUCGUCUUCCACUCCAUCACCAGAAGCCACUCCGAGAACCUGGAGCGCUAUGAGGUGUGGCGUUCUAACCCGUACCACGAGUCCGUGGAAGAGCUGCGGGACCGGGUGAAAGGGGUCUCAUCAAAACCUUUCAUCGAGACGGUCCCUUCCAUUGAUGCGCUCCACUGUGACAUUGGCAAUGCAGCCGAGUUCUACAAGAUUUUCCAGCUAGAGAUAGGGGAGGUGUACAAGAAUCCCAACGCCUCCAAAGAGGAAAGGAAGAGAUGGCAGGCUACGUUGGAUAAGCAUCUCCGGAAGAAGAUGAACCUGAAACCGAUCAUGAGGAUGAACGGCAACUUUGCCAGGAAGCUCAUGACCAAAGAGACCGUUGAAGCAGUCUGUGAGUUAAUUCCCUCUGAGGAGAGGCACGAAGCUCUGAGGGAGCUGAUGGACCUUUACCUUAAGAUGAAGCCUGUGUGGCGAUCAUCGUGUCCUGCCAAAGAGUGCCCCGAAUCUCUCUGCCAGUAUAGCUUCAAUUCACAGCGUUUUGCUGAGCUCCUCUCUACCAAGUUCAAGUAUAGAUAUGAGGGCAAAAUCACCAAUUAUUUUCACAAAACCCUGGCACAUGUCCCUGAAAUUAUUGAGAGAGAUGGCUCCAUUGGGGCAUGGGCGAGCGAGGGAAAUGAGUCUGGCAACAAAUUGUUCAGGCGCUUCCGAAAAAUGAACGCCAGACAGUCCAAGUGUUAUGAGAUGGAAGACGUCUUGAAACACCACUGGCUGUAUACCUCCAAAUACUUGCAGAAGUUUAUGAAUGCUCAUAAUGCAUAUAAAAACUCCGGGUUUACCUUAAGCUCGCAGGCAGGCGUAGGGGACCCCUUAGGCUUAGAGGACUCUCCGGAAACUCAAGAUUCGAUGGAAUUUUAAGGAGGGCAGCUGCUUUUGAGUUGGUUUUGCAAAUCAGUUUUCUUCUGGGUUGCACUGAGACCCCCUCCUCACAUGCUUCAGUCCUGUGUGUAGGGUUUCGCCACCCAGGCAGUGGUAGACGGGAGAGGCCCGCGGUGCUACAUGCAUGUCAGGAAUGGAUAACUGAUGAGCUGAUUGCUGGAGCCGUUUAGGGAGUUCAGAAAAGCAACAGGAGAAAUCAGUUAUUUGAAAGCUCAGUAACUCAGAACAGGAGUAACUGCAGGGGACCAGAGAUGAACAAAGAUGUGCAUUGUGUGUGACUGAGUGACAUGGAAAAUCAUAGCCAAGGUUGUCAAAAAACAGCCCAGGAAGCCAGGAAAGGAAUUUGUUUUGUGGUUUCCAUUCUCUACCCCUUCAAUUUAUUAUACUUUGUAUUGAGAUACACAUGUUUGUUUGUUUGUUUUUUUAUACCAUUUCUGGAGAAUUCUUUAUUUUGUAAAUUUUGCAGAUCUGGGCUUAUGCCACAAGAUUAAAAAAUCUUUAAAAGCUUUUCAGAUUUCUUUAAUAAGAACAUCUUACACACUUGUAUGACAUGAUGGCCUUCGCAGAGUGCCUCAGUGCGUUUUCUCACUUGGUACAUUUAUGCAGAAAUACCCUACAUCCAGGAAAUUUUUGGAAAGUCAGCCCUCUUCUGGGUUUCAAUGAUGUCACCAUGGAGUGACCUUAAGAGUUUAGGAGGUCAUCUGUGACUAUGACUUUUUUCAGGAAUAAAGUUGGAAGAAUAAAACUGUUAUCUACAGUUAUUUAUUAAGUUUCUGAUCAUUCAUUUUUACCUAGCUGUCGGUAGCCAAGUACGAUUUUUAUUUUUGUUUUUUAAUUUCAUUUAAUUUAGCAUCUCUGAUGCUCGUUUAGAAUCUUAAAGCCACAGAGGCUUUUAAGAUCUGGGUUGACUCACUGUGUAAAAACAGGUUUAAUGUUUUACCAAAAAUUUCUGCCAGAUUUUUCUCCAUGUGAAACCUGAGUCAGUUUUACUAAAUCCAGAUUUCAUGGAGUCCUUCCCUCUGAAGUGUGUUACUCUUUCUAUUAAGAUCAGUUUACUUUCAGUCCAUUCAGAUUUUUGGAGCAGGAUACUUUUGUACUUUUCUCACCUGCUAAAUUUAGACGAAGCCUGUUCAUAGCACAGAGGAAGAGUUAACAUUUGUUAGAGUGUUUUUUUCCUCAUUUUUAAAUAUUUUCACAUUCAUUUUGCUUUGUUUCUCCUCACAACAACUCUGUGAGGGUAGACAUUGUUACUAUUCCCACUUGAGGGAGAGUUAAAUAAUCUGUCCAAAGUUACAGUGAUAAUAAAUGUCUAAUCUGGAAUUUGAGCUCAGGCCUUUUGUCUCCAAAUUCUAUACUCUUUCUACUAAAAAAAUUAACCACCAUCUUUUUUUUUUUUUUUUAAAUAAGGCAGUGUCAUAAUUCUCUUAGGAUCCCCAACUAAUCACUGCAGUUUACAAUUCUUGGGAGUGGGGAUGGUGGGUUGAUAAGUCAUUAUUGUGCUUUGGGCCUUUUGAUAGGAGAAAGUGAUGGGAAAGCUCCUGAGAGCCCCCCCAAAGCUGGGGUGUCUCCAGUUAUUUGGAGACUAUUGUCUUCAUCCUUAGAAAUUUGGGAAUUGCCAAUUGCUGGCAAUUUAGAGCAGGCAUAGGAUUUUAUAUGCUAGUGAGUCAUAAUGAUAUGUUAGUGUUAAUUAGUUUUUUUUUCUUUCUUUGAUUUUAUUGGCCAUAAUUGCCACUAUUCAUACACAGUAUAUCAAAGAGCUGUGUAAUUUAGUUGUCAAACGUGUGUCAGAGGCAUUAUCCUAAAUGAUAUGCAUUUGGUGCUUUUGCAGGGAUUGAACCCCCCAUUUUCCAUUAAAAAAUACAGCAGUUUCCCUUGCUUUUUAUAUACAACAUAUAUAGAAAUUACAAAGACAUUUGUAAUUUAGUUGUCAAAAAUAUAUACACAUUUUAAUUGUAUUUUUCUCGAAAAUGUCAAGUUUUGUACUUGGCAAACUAAUGGGCUUCUGGGCCACCCCUUCCUUUCCUCUCAUUUAAUCCUUACAACAUGUCUCUGCACUAAUAAACAGCUAAAUUCAUGUAAUCACUCAUUUCCCGAAGCAUGCUGGUGCUGGUUAUUUGUAGACCAACCCCCCCCCCCCCGCCCGCCCCAUUUCCACUCUCUUGUCUGAUUGGUAGCACUGUAAAUACUUUCUGGUAUUAAAUUUUCCUUUUCUAGCAUUGUAGGAACUAUUUUGAAUGCAUAUGGCACACUGUAUGAUUUAUAAAACAACCUUCGCAAUAAUCUCUUAAUCAAAUGCCGUUUUGAUAAGCCCCAGGAACAUCUGGCCGCAAACAUUUCAGGAUGUCGAAAUGCUGCCUAUGGUUGUGUUAGCCCUCCUUGUUGAGAUUGCAAUAUCCAAGGUCUGGUUUUAUCCUCAGGUUUUAUUUUUGACAAUGCCCAUUGUAAAUGUGGUCACAUACUCCAGGGAAAUUAACCACACAGGAUAGAGCUUUUUUUUUUUUUUUUUGGAGUAUAGACUGGGGCUUCAGAAGGGCAAUGCAUUUUCCUCCUGUGAAACCUGAUUCUACAAGUUUUCCUGCCAACCCAUGGAGGCACACUGCAGGGACCCGUAUAAUGGCUGAUGAAAACCGAGGAAUGGUCCAGGGGAGGUCAGAGAGUGCUCUGGGAUUCAUUAACAAGCACUGAGAUGCCAGAGCAGGAGAAAAGAUACCUUUUUCCAGGUGAGCUGGAAUGUAGUUUUUCCUCAAUUUGUUUUCACACAAUAUAGAUGAAGAUAAAGAUUUUGUUGGUUGAGUAUGCAGGUCUCGCAUUAUAUCAAACAGAAUUCAAAUUCUGCACAACCAGGAGACGGCACCAGUGGUGUUUGGGAGGAGCAAAUCACCAAGUGAUGGGAGGGAUUGCUGAGUGCGGAUAAUGUAUGUCUCUUCAGUUUUUGUGUGAGUGAUGCUCCAUUCUUGUACUGUUAAGACAUUUUAAGUAAGGGUGGAUAUUUUGUUCUCUUUUAUUUUAUUUUAUUUUUCUUUAACUAUAGUAAUCUACAUAAAUACACCUUGGAAAUCAUUUUUGGUAAGAUUUUUUGUGCAGAAACCGCCCUACAGUUUGUUUUCUUAACAAAUAAUCAUAAAGUUUGUUUAAUGGCUCUCAAGAGCCUUCUUUUUUGUGUUUUAGGGAACGUUCAGGUGCCAGAAUGCAAUGGCAUUUAUUUGAUGUUGGUGACCUGUGUUUCCAUGUCAAAUGUUUUGAAAUUAAAUAAAGUAUGUGUUUCAAUACUUGCUUUCAUAUUUUAAUAUUUUUUCUUCUUAUUAAUAUUAUGGUUAUUGUUAACAAUUUUAUGCUUAAGUAUUUGAAAUAAAGGUUUAAAAU